CAGCUCUGAACACAGUAAGAGAGCUUUUUCCCUGACUGGGCUCUUGCCCUCUUGAAAGAGGUGGAGUUAGUCAACUAUAACAGCAGUUUAUAAACACAAGUGGACCUGCCAUUAAGCGGCUGAGCCAAGUGAGAGACAGACAGUCCUGAGAGAAACCAGGAGACUGCCAUCAUGGCGGGGAAGCCCAAGUUACACUACUUCAAUGGACGCGGCAGAAUGGAGUGCAUUCGGUGGCUCCUGGCUGCAGCCGGAGUGGAGUUUGAAGAGAAAUUUAUAGAACAACCAGAAGACCUGGAUAAGUUAAAAAAUGAUGGGAGUUUGAUGUUCCAGCAAGUGCCAAUGGUUGAAAUUGAUGGGAUGAAGCUGGUGCAGACCAGAGCCAUUCUCAACUAUGUUGCCACCAAAUACAACCUCUAUGGGAAAGACAUGAAGGAGAGAGCCCUGAUUGAUAUGUACUCAGAGGGUGUGGCAGAUUUGGGUGACAUGAUCAUUCUUUUGCCACUGUGCCCACCUGAUCAAAAAGAUGCCAAAAUAGCUCAGAUCAAAGAGAAGACAACAAACCGUUAUCUCCCUGCAUUUGAAAAAGUGCUGAAGAGCCACGGACAAGACUAUCUUGUGGGCAACAAGCUGAGCAAGGCUGACAUCCACCUGGUUGAACUUCUCUACUAUGUGGAAGAGCUGGACCCCAGCCUUCUGGCCAACUUCCCUCUGCUGAAGGGCCUGAAAACCAGAGUCAGCAAUCUCCCAGCCGUGAAGAAGUUUCUGCAGCCUGGCAGCCAGAGGAAGCCUCCCAUGGAUGAGAAAAAAUUGGAAGAAGCAAAGAGGAUUUUCAGGAUUAAAUAAAGCAGGCAGGGCUGCCCAUGACAUGGAGGAUCACUCUUCUGAAGUUCUCCAGCAAUGAAGUGCUUUACCUAAAUGUAGAUCCUGGCUAUUGUGGAACUAAUAAACUUUUUCAAAGUAUAGUUGAUGAUUUAAUUAGAAUGCAGAUUUAGUUGCAAAACAAUCUAUUUUGUUUUGAUCACGUAUACAAUCAUGAUCUCCUCCCAGAAUGUGUUUCAGGCCUAAACAUAAAUAAAGGGAGAAAAGUA